CACCCCGAGCCGCUUGACCCCGCCUAUCUUCAAUUCAAGAUCCAUCAACUUCAAACAACCAACUGCAUAUCGAGCCCUACUUUCACAACACCAUCACACCAAAUCACCGAAUCCCACCAUUCAGCAUGCCCUCCUUAACAGCAACAUACACAUCCCCAACCUCGUCCCCCCAAACCUUCACCUCCGAACUCCCCGCACUCGCCUCACCACCCACAACCACCAAUCGCGUCGCCUAUCUCGACACCCUCUCUACAACGCUCAGGGACCUGCAAAAAGACGUAAACGCAUUCCUAACGCAAAAAAUGGCCGACGACAAAGCCGCCGACGACGCAAAGGACGAGGAGACUUAUGGCGAGGAAGUCGUUGAUGAAGACUGAGGCUUGAUUGCAUUGAGAAGCGCAUUCUUAUAACAAGGAUAUACACACCAGCACAACCUCCUCCUGGACUAUAACACACGACACGACCGCACCUACCGCCACCCCGAACUACCCGUCCUCCUCCCCACCGCACCUCCAAAACCACCACCCGUACCCACACCCACACUCCCCCUCGCACACCCACUAUGCACAACACUAUUAUCCGGGAAAACUCUUAUCGCACUCC